UAGGUGGUGUGAAGAUCAAGGAGGAAUCUUGUGAAGGCAGAAAGGAGCCCAAGAAGCAUACAAAGAACCACACACGUCUGAGCUUCUUUGGAGUGUUGAUGGUACUGUGGAACCUGAUUAAAUUACCAGGAUUUGAGAAGCACACAGAGGCGAAUAAGCCUGAUUCGGAGAACCCUGGAAAAAACCAACGUGAUGCAUCCCAGAAUCAAGGCAAACAAUCAAGUAAUGGAGUCGACAAACAACCUCAACUAUUUCCCCCAAAUUAUUAUAUAAGUAUCGAGCUGAUCAAAUUUAUAUACAGAGCAAUGCUCGUCGUACUUGGAUUAGGAUCGAAACAGAUAAAGAAGAUACAUUCAAAGAAAGAGAAGCACUUAUGGUCCAUUCAAAUAAUGAACAAGCUACUUGACUCUUCUUCAAGUGAGUAUGAUAGUUCAGCCGGAAGUCAACCAUUGACAACUAAGGAAGCAGAUGAAACAGAUGCUUUUAAGGAGAUUGAGGCCAAUGAUACAAAGAGAAUGAAAACAUCAUCGGAAAAUGAGAAAAGACAGCAAAAGAAGAAAAAUGAUGAAAAGGCAAAGGAGACUGAUGAAAUGGCAAAGAAGGAGACACCAAUACUAAUUGCAGCAAAGAAUGGAAUAGUAGAAAUGGUGGUGAGAAUCCUUGAACUUUUCCCUGUGGCCAUUCAUGACAUGAACUCGGAGAAGAAGAACAUUGUUCUAUUGGCAGUGGAAAAUAGACAAACUCAUGUUUAUGCUCUUUUACUCAAGAGGGAAAUUUUGAAAGACAGUAUAUUUCAUGUUGUGGAUCAUGAAGGUAACAGUGCUUUGCAUCUUGCUGCAAAGUUGAACGACAGACAUCCUUGGCGAAUUCCUGGUGCAGCCUUACAAAUGCAAUGGGAAAUUAAGUGGUACGAGUUCGUGAAAAACUCCAUGCCAAUCCAUUUCUUUGUCCGCUACAAUAACAACAACAAAACAGCAAGAGAGGUAUUCACAGAGAGCCACGCAGAUCUCGUAGAUAAAGGUGGCAAGUGGCUCAACGACACCUCCAACUCAUGCUCCGUCGUGGCAGCCCUCAUAGCCACCGUCGCAUUCGCAACAUCCGCCACUGUUCCAGGCGGUGUCAAGGAAGGAAUUGGCGUGCCCACUCUGGAAAACCAGCCAGCUUUUAAUGUCUUCUCCAUUUCAUCUCUCAUCGCUCUAUGCUUCUCGGUAACCUCCGUGGUCAUGUUUCUGGCCAUUCUGACAUCAAGGCACCAAGAAAAGGACUUCGGCAGUGAUUUGCCUAAGAAGCUGUUGUUUGGGUUAUCGUCUCUCUUUAUAUCCAUUGCGGCCAUUUUGGUCUCCUUCUGUGCAGGCCAUUUCUUUGUUCUAAAGGAUGAACUGAAGUACUUUGCAUUUCCGAUAUAUGCCGUGACGUGCUUGCCGGUGACCUUUUUUGCGGUAAUGCAAUUCCCAUUAUACCUUGAUCUGAUAUGUGCUACCUUCAAGAAGGUGCCACAAAGAAGCUACGUAGCAGUUUCAUGAGGUUGAUUUUUCAUGUGUUCCAUCAUUCUUAGGGCUUGAUCAUGAUUUUGACAUUAAGAUUGAAAUGAUAAGGUUUUUGAGUUUGA